AUGUAUCUAGACCGGCACUCCGUUGAGCAGCCGGCUACCGCCCGGCAGAAAAGCGGGCUUGGCACCGAAAAAGCGUCGCCGGCGCGAUUUUGGCCAUCUCCGUCCGUUUCGGUUCUCCAAAGUCAUCUCCUCCGUCUUCAUACAAUUCUUCACCAUGUUGGGAGGGGCUGGUCUCAGUGGACGCGGUGUCUUGCCCGCCGCGGCCCGGCAACGGUUCAAUGCCUUCUCUCGCUCCAGCCGAUCGGUUCGUCGUCCUUGGCCGUCCUUUUCAUGUCCUCCUUCCGUUCGCAGGCCCUGAGAACCGCCACCCCUUAUGGUCAGGCAAAUAAGAUUCUGGCUGGAACUCGCUCCUGGCGGCCUGCCGCGGCGAUUGCUGGAGUGGCUGCCGCCCGCUUUAAUUCCACCUCGGCGCCUUCGACUACUACUUUCCCGGCUGCUGAAAGUGAUGCCUCAUCGGGGCUCCCCCCUUCGGAUGGAUUUGAGCUCGAUUCGACCGAUCUCUCCGCACUUGACAUCAAUGCGAUCCCGGAACAAAUUGGCUAUUUGAAGCAGCUGGGGUUGGAUUUCGGCUGGGGCUUUUCCGCCACCAUCGAAUACUUGAUUGAGCACUUCCACAUUGCGGCGGGCCUCCCCUGGUGGGGUGGCAUCGUCGCCACUGGUAUCUUCAUUCGGUUGGCCCUUUUGGGUCCUACGAUCUCGGCCGUGGACGUCGGUGCCAAGACCAACAAUAUCAAGCACCUUACCGGUCCCCUUCGGAAGGAUAUGAUGAUGGCCCAAAAAAAGAGUGAUAUGGUGGAAGUGGCCAAGAAACGGGCUGAACUGAGCAAGUUGCACGCGGCACACGGCAUCUCCGCCUGGAAGUCCUUCAUCCCGUUGGCUCAGAUCCCCUUCGGAUUUGGCUGUUACCGCGUCGUCAACAACAUGUGCGGAUUGCCGGUGCCCGGGUUGGCUGCGGAAACCCUUGGCUGGAUGCAGGAUCUCACUGUCUCGGAUCCAUACUUCAUCCUCCCCGUCGUCUCGGCUGUCCUCAUGCAUUAUACCCUCAAGAAAGGAGGAGAGGCGGGAAUGAGUCAACUGGGAGCUUCCUCACUUAAAAAUGGUAUCUACUACGGCCUGCCCAUGGUAUCGGUCAUGUUCAUGGCUACCUUCCCCGCUGCCCUUCAGCUUUACUUCGUCGCUACCGGUGCGUUUGCUCUAGGACAAUCCUACCUGCUCAACUCCACCACCUUCCGGAAACGAUUCGGUAUCACCCUCGUAGACCCGAACGUCCCUACCUACGAUUUGGCUGGCACGCUUCAGAAGGAGGGAUUCUACGGACUUCGCAUGGUCAACGAAGAGUCCAUGCAGGAGGCUGCCAAGCGAGCGGCCGAAGCCCAGGCGGCCGAGCGCCAAAAGAUGAGUUUCAUUGACCGCACCCUCGGGGAUGUCAAGGAGACUGGAAACAAGAUGAAGCAGGAGAUGCGGGAGAAGAUUGACGAGUAUCGAGGCACUGGCCCGGCUACGAAUGCGGAUGGGUCUGCCGCGCAGCCCCCGAGACUCAGCGAGAAGGACCGCAAGCUGGCCGAUGACUACGAGAAACGGCGGCAGGAGGAGGAGGAAUGGAAGCGCGAGGAGCGGAAUCAUGCCCGCCGGGAGGCAUACCUGCGGACCAUGGCCCAGGAGCGGGAAAAGGCCCAGGCCAGCUUGAACCGGGCCUCCAAAGCCAACCGGCCGUGA